GCUCUGUACAGGAUAGAAAGGGAGAAGAAGAGCGCGACCAUGUCUACAGCUGACAGCGGAACAGUGAAACCCCUUCAGAACGCCAUGAAAAUGGCUAAAGUUGCCAUUCAGCUGGAAGGAGAAAACAAACACAAGGAUGCUUACUGUGAAUACUUGCAAACCAUUAGCUACAUAUCACACUCACUUUUGGAGGACGCUGCUUCUUCAAAAGAAAAAGAGAUGGUCGCUGUUGAAAUCGAGCGGAUGUUGAGGCUCGCUGAGCAAUGUCUGGAUCGUGCCAAGUCUUUUAUAGAGAAGAGCUCAGAGCCUCUUGACCCAACGACCUCCACUUCUGCUUCUCCUGACCCGUCAGUGCAGCACCAAACCACUGUCUGUGCUCCUGCUGCGGGUUCUGCUGAUGGUUUUGUUGAUGCUCGAAAUAAAGGCACAAGUCCAACGAAGCCUGGCCACCGAAGGGUUUUGUCAGAUGGCGCCAGGGAGCUCUCCCCUUUUCUACCUCCUGAAGUCUUCCAACGAUUGCAAACAGUGGCAUCACCGGACGCAUGUAGAAAAGAACUGACGCCAAUCGAAGAAGCUUCACGCCUGAACCAAAAGCUGAAAGCCAAUUAUGAAGCGCGUUUGGCGAGACUCCGACCUGGGCAGGCGUACCAGAAGACGUCCUUGACGCUCUCACUCCAGAGGCAGAUGAUGGAGAACCUCAUCAUAGCCAAAGCCAGACAGGAUGCUCUUCAACGAAAGAUGGAAGAAAGACGGCUAAGGCUACAGGAAGAAGCCAACAGAAGAUUUGCAGCAUCUGGUGCAAUGACGGCAGAGGAGCAGGAGCAGCGUCUUCUCUACACCAACGUGUUGGAGUAUGAACAAGACCAUGAUUGGCCCAAACAGUGGAAAGCCAAACUGAAGCAGAAUCCUGACGAGUCACUGGUGUCGGAUUUGGUCUCUUAUUUACUCAGCCGAUCCGAUCACCCAGUUGUGAAGAUGCUGCGAAAACACCAGUACAGAAUUUACAACAGGCUCUACCCCCUCGUCAUCAAAGGCGCUCCUCAGAGUCCUGCCCUGCCCCUGAGACCGUCACGUAGCGUCCACAGUCUGCUGCACACAGAGAGUAACUGGAACCCGGGCAGGACUGCAGGUAGGGGUGUCGGGGGUCAGAGUUUCAGCAUCGACUCGUCCGCUUCCUCCACGCACUCGCACGACCUCAUCAACAAUUACAGCGAAGACUCUGAAGGAGAGGAGCUCCACACUCAGGUGACCGUGUACCGGGAGAACUCCUUUGAAGACUUGGAGCAGUUCCUGUUCCAGCUGGACUGGGUUCCACCUGUCGGGGCCACUGAAGAACCUGCCUCAGAUUCUGAGUUAUCCCGGGAUCGCUCAAUCCAGCCAGAGCAGGACGAGGGCUACAUCCAGGGGCUGGAGAUGAGAGCACUUAAGGAACACUUGAAGGAUAUUGUCAAAGACAUCCAUAUAGCCAUUGAUCAGCUGUUGUCGCUGUGUUUGCUGUCCUUUGAGUGUUUGAACACAGCCAUCUUUAAGGACCUGUGCCUCGCCAGUAUAGAAGAAGCCUUCUUUGCGCCCCUCUGGAGUGCUCUAGUGGCUCUUUUCAGGAGGGUUCACAGAGAACAAGAGCAGGCCUUUGUAAAAAGUUUAAGGCUGUACUGCAAUGCUACUCCAAGAGAUUUCGGUGUUCCACCAAAACUCUUCCCUCAAGAUCCUGGUGCACUGCAAGGUUCCUACCCCUACGAGUCUGCAGCUCAGGAGCUCAAGCUGAUCCUUCAGGACAGCUGUCCACAGAGAAAACUGGAAUGUAUAGUCAGAACUCUACGCCUCAUCUGUGUUUGUGCUGAGGACUACAGGUGUCUCCAAGAAGUGGAUUCUACUCCCAAAACAGCAGCGAUUGGCGCCGAUGACUUGCUGCCCAUCCUGUCCUUCGUGGCAGUCCGCUGCCAAUGUCCUCAGCUGGUUUCUGAAUGUGCAGCUCUGGAGGAGUUUAUUCAUGAAGGGUAUUUGAUAGGAGAAGAAGGCUACUGUCUGACCUCCCUGCAGAGCGCUCUGGCCUUUGUUGAAUCACUUUGCACGGCGGGGGGAAGAGGAAGAGGAGGAGGUCAUCUUCCUGUGGAAAACUCUCUUGAAAAAGACCUUCAUCCUUUGAACAGCAGCUCAUCCUCCAUGUGAACCCAUGCUUCACACUCAACUCCAACCGACCUCUGCUUCUGAUGGGAGGAUGACAAUAAAGCAACAAACGAGCAAACCAGAUUAGAGAGGAGUUCCAAUGCUGCAUUUAAAAAAGAAAAAAAACCUAAACCUCUUCCUGUCGAUUUCUGGGAAGCUUAUGUGUGAGUUUAGUUGAAACUAAUGUUUUUCUCUGUAUUAUGAAGCACUUUUCAUGUCCGCAGCACAUUUCCUCCUCCAGUAAUCUGAGUUCUUCGCUCACAUAAAUCACAGAUUCAUCCUCUGCUCUUCGUCUCCUCGACGGUCAGCCGUCACAGUUCCAACUCAACCCUCAAACUGUUUUAAAAACAAAAGACUUUAAGGAGGGGGGGUUUGGCUCCUAAUGAGAACAUCUGGCAAUAAUUGAGGUGUUUAUUACAAACUGAGGAUGUUUCAUAAAAUCAUAUUUUUGGCAUGAUAUCGGCUGAAACAAAACAAAAAAAUACUGCAGGGUUUGUAGAGUUUGCACAAAGUGCAUCUUGAUGCCUGUCUGAUAAUACAAAGUUCUCAACAGAUGGAGUGAGGAAACAGAAAAAUCAAUUAGUCUGUAUCUGAGCGAGGACUAAAACGCAGCCUCGGCUCCAGCAGUGAACUAAAACGUGCAGAAAAACUGGAAUGAGUCUGUUUAACGGAAAUCCUUUUUAUUUCUUCUGUUUGUAAACCGAGUUUUUUCAAAAGGAGCAGCGCUAUCAAAGUCUGGCUAGUGCCAACACGAUCAGCUUUUCCCUUUAGAUGCUGAAAAUAUUUCAUUUCCUUUCAAAUUCAGUGAACGACUAGGUUUCCUGAGUUCCAAAGGGAAGCUGGAGGCGUCCACAAGUCAUGCAAACAUCUCUGCUCUGGGGGGUCUCCCUGCACAGGGUGGAGAUUAAAUGAGCGUACAGACCCGACAGAGAUGCAAUACGAGGCAGGAGGAAGACUUCUGAUGAGUCUUUGCUAAACCUGAACACUAUUUUUUAUUGAGGAGCCAAGUAGCCGGUCCUUAUUGCAGGAUUGUGCUCUUUGUUUGCGCUUUUGCAUCUAGAUUGUAAUUUAAAGGGACUGCAGGAGCAUGUUAGCCAUUUUUGAUCCUAGAGACUCUUGCCAAAGCGGGUUUUGUCUUCAUAAACAUUUUUUUUUCUUUUAAUGUUACUUCUCAUUCCUUUCCAUCUGCAGUUUUUUGGGCCCAAAAUGGUGAACAUUUGCAGCAACAUAAGUCUGGUGUUUAAAUCAUGUCAUGUACUAAAUAGGUUUAAUUCUUUUAUAGUUGCCCGUUAAAAAUGUGUUUUAAUGCAGAUGUUGGGAGGUUUUCCUGUUUUUUACUUUAUGAAUUUAGUUUACCAAGUAAUUUAAUUUAGUACAUGAACUUGUUGGAAGAAACCAACUUUUCUCUUUACAGUUUUAGCUCCAAAAAUGCAACUGCAACUCAAUUUCCUUCAGUGCUUUUGUUGGGUGUUACCUUCACCUAAGUAUGUGAUAACUUAUUGUCUUAAGGCUUUUUUAACACAUUUAUGUCCAAUCUGAAAUCAGUGGAAUCUCCUCAGUUUACCCUCAGAGUGCCGAAAAUGCAGCAAGAUGCGCAAAAAACAUGUGAUUAAAAUGUGUUUAAUAGAAAAACCUGCAAAGCUAAUGCCUGUUGAAUGCAUUUUAUUUGUUUUUGAGUGUUUUAUUAUGUGUCUGGGUCCAAAAGAUGUCAAUAUCAGAAUUGUUACUGAAAUUAUCAAAAACAAAGACAUGUCUGUAUCUGUGUCAUGAAAACUUUUAUUUUGCCACUAAACUGAACUGUGAAUGCUUGAAAUAAAAAUGUAUGUUUGAGACGAGUCAAUAAAGAGGAACCUGAAUUUAAACAU